ACCGACGGGAAGACCGACCCCAGACGCCGGGGUAUAAAGGUUGCUGUCAGCUGGGAGCUUGAGGCAUCCACUGGCUGGCAGAGAAACAGCAGCAUCAGCCCGACCGCCGCGGAGGAACAAAGUCACGCAGAGUCAACCACUAUGAAGACAGCCGUGCUGUUCCUCGUCCUGAGCGCCGUAGUUCUCAGCUGUGCUCUCCCGUCUCCGGAGGACAAGGAGGACCGUGGCGGAGUGGACGUGGACGUGCACAAAGAGAAGGGCGUGGGCACGGUGGUGGACGCCCAGGCCCACGGAAACGUAUGGAAGAGCGACGAUGGCAACACCCGGGUGGACGCCGAAGGCUCCUGGCAGAGGGUCUACCACGGGCCUGCGGCCGGCAAACCCAACUACUCCGGCGGCAUCCGCUUCUCCCACAGGUGGCGAUAACCGACCUGUGCUACCUGCCUGUCGCUACAGCCCCAGGGAGUGUAUCUCGUCGCCGGAAUUGCUGUACUUCGCCAUGCAAAGUUUCUUCAGAAACGAGUCCCACUUUCGUGCCUGUACUAUUUACCAUCAACAUUUAGUUACCAGCACCUUU